AACCUGUUUCCUCUGGGCCACAAAGGAAACUCCUCAACUAUAUUUUCAUCUGAUAAUUCUGGUUUCAUGUAAAUGUGAAAUAAGUAAUCUAUGUAGACUAAUAUUUUAAUAUAUGGCUUGAAGUUAAGCUCUAAUUUCAUUUUUAAUGGUGAGCUACUUGUCCCAAUACCAUAUAAUAAAUGACAUUCUUUCCCCCAAUGAACAUGAAAUGUGAACCUUAUCACAUACUAAAUUCUUACAGAUUCUUAAAUCUAUUUCUGGACCUCCUUCACUGUUCACUUAUUUGUCUCUCUGUACCUUUACCAGUACCCCCCGGGACAAUUUAGCAAAUGGAAAGCCAGCGGACAAGUGGCAGAAGACCAGAAGUUUAUUCUCUGGAGAAAUGGGCUAAGAGCAGUGCUGGACUCGGGGACACCAGGCCCAGAGAGAUGUUGAGAGAGGGCAAGGCACUACUGGGAAGCCACUAUUUUUCACUGGACAUCGGAUUCUUCUUUCUGCAACAGCCUGAGCAGGCUUCUUGUGGAAGUCAGACCAAAUAGCAGGAAGGUGUUACAGCAAGAUGGAUCUAGGAAAAAACCAGUCUCACUUGAUGCACCAUCAGACACCUGAUUCUCAUCAAGAAGAAAACCAUGCUCCAGAAGUCAUUGGAACGUGGAGUUUACGAAACAGAGAACAACUCAGAAAAAGAAAAGCUGAAGCACAGGAAAAGCAAACUUUACAAUGGCAAUUUGGAGAGAAAAAACACAAACAGCAGAAAACAGGAAAGAGAAGUAAAAGGGGUAGAAAGAAACAAGAAAAUACAGAAAUGAAGGUGGAGCCUCUGUCACAAUUAGAAAAUGAAAUGAUGGAGAAAGUUCAGCCACCUACAGAGAAAGAAACCAAACUACCCAGGAGCGUGACCGAAGCUUUCUUUCUGGCAGCCUCCCCACAAAGAGUUGUGCCUGAGAAACACUCUUCGGAAAUAGGUCAAGAAAGCAUUAUCCAUCAGAAAGAUUCUUCUGAGUACCAAGAAAUAGCGGUACAAAACCACCCUUCUGAAAUAUGCCAAGAGAUGGCUGAAUCUGAAGAUCUCUCUCCUAAAGUGUGCAAAGAAAUAGCUGUAUUUCAAGACCAUCCUUCCAUAAUGUGCUGUGACGUGGCUGAACCUGAAGACAUCUCUCCUAAAAUGUGUCAAGAAACUGCUGCAGCCAAAGCCCUUUCUCCUAAAACAUGUGAAGACAUAGCUGUCCUGGAAGGAUGCUCCCUUGAAGUAUACCCCCAACCAGAAGUGCCUAAAGGCUACGCUCUUGAAACACACCAAAAAAGAGCUGAACCUGAGGAACACAACUCUGCACCAGGUCAAGGAAUAGCUGAGACCGAGAGCUUCGUUCCUAAAACACAAGAAAGAGCUGUGCCUAAAGAGCUUGCUACAAAAACAUUCCACGAAACAGUUGAACCUGAACAGGUUUCUCAUAAAACAUGCCAAGAAAUUGCUGUGUAUAAAGCCCCCUCUCAUAAAACAAUCCAAGAAACACCUGCUCCUGAAGAAUAUCCUCCUGAAAUAUACCAAGAAACAGCCAAGUCGAAAGAAUAUCCACCUGAAAUAUAUCAAGAAAAACCUGAAUCUAAAGAACAUCCACCUGAAAUAUGUCAAGAAACACCUGGGCCUGAAGAAUAUUCACCUGAAAUAUACCAAGAAACACCUGGGCCUGAGGACUGUGCAUCUGAAAUACACCAAGAAACACCUGGGCCUGAAGACCUCUCCAUUAAGACAUAUAAAGAUAAGGACGUGCCUAAAGAAUGCUUUCCAGAAUCAUACCAAGGAACAGAUGGACCCCAAGACCAGGAUCCUAAAGCACACCAGGAAGAUGCUAAGGAUGUUUAUACUUUUCCUCGAGAAAUGAAGGAAAAGCCCAAAGCAGAAGAACCAGAGGUACCAGGAAUUCCAAAUGUUCCUCAAGAGAUGACAGAAAAUGACAUCUAUAGUUAUGUUUUGUUUUAACAAUGUUCAACCAUCAUAGUUGGCCAACAAAAUACACAUCUUAAUACA